AUGUUAUGCACGCUUGCAGCGUUUCCUAGCGUUGUCAAUGGUGGCCAAUUCAAGAAGCCGUCAUUUCGCUGGUCGGACAUAGAAUACGUCUACGCGUUCGGAGACUCUUACACGUUCGUGCAAGGCACUCUGGGACAUGCCAAUUUUAGCUUCAUAGGCGACGCGUUCAACCUGCCGUUCACCCCGAAGCAACUCUUGUCGAAUCAAAUCAUCCCCAAGAACACGAGUUCCGAUGGUUCGAAUUGGAUCGAGUUCCUGACUGGCUGUCUCGGUGGUCACCCGUCAUCCUGCCGGAGGCAGCUAUGGGACUUCGCCUUCGCCGGUUCUGACAUUGACGCGAAUCUGCUGCCUCUGCACCACAACUUCACGGUUCCCCUCGUGGACCAAGUGAAGCAAUUCGUCACCUACGCCAAGGACGUCAUUCCCCAUCCGGCCAAAAAGACGCUCACUGCUUGGUGGAUUGGCAUCAACGACACCGGGGAUAGCUCCAACAAUGCCAGUAUUACUGACUGGAACGCGUUCUGGGACGCAGAGAUGACGUCCUACUUCAACGCCGUGCAAUCCGCCUUUGACAACGGCCUCCGAGGCGCGCAUUUGUUCAUCAAUGUUCCACCUGAAGAACGCAACCCCGCGUCCCUCGGCAAGAACAACACGGCGUACACUGCUCACAUUCAACAAUACAACUCCCUUCUGGCAGACUACGUGGCCAACUUCGCGAAGAAAAAUCCGUCUGACAAUGUCCUCACGUUCGACGCGCAUACUUGGUUUAACAAGAUCCUCGAUGACGCGUCCGCAUACGGGUUUACUAACACUACAGGAUUUUGCGAGUGCAAGGACUCGUCGUACUUCUGGUUCAACACCGGACAUCCCACCGAACACGUCCAUCGCCUACUCGCCCAAGCAAUUGAGCAGCACCUUGAGGCGGCCUCCAUAAAACGCACUAGUCUAUCCGUGUAA